ACAACACCUGGGUGUGUCGCAAUGAGAGUGGGAGGGUAGCGUUCAGGUAUCAGGAAGCUCGCAGAGGCUGUUUAGUUCAUUGCAAAGUAAACAGGUGAUCUGACCCACUGGCUGCGACACCCCAUAACAACAUGCAGAGUGUAAGCUCUCCGGGAGGCCGCGUCCUCAACGAGGACCAGUUCACCUGCUCCAUCUGCCUGGAGGUGUUUGUGGAGCCUGUAUCCACGCCGUGCGGCCAUAGCUUCUGCAAGGCCUGCCUGCAGGGUUACUGGAACCACACCAAGAAGUUCCUGUGUCCCAUGUGCAAGAAGAGCUACACCAGGAAGCCCGAAAUGAGUGUCAACAGGGUCCUGGCAGAGAUCUCAUCGCAGUUCCAGGGGAUGGUGGUUUCUGGCGGAAGGGCGGAGGCGCCCGGGUCCCCUUUGCGAGGCUCCACCGUCAGUUUGGGCUCCGAAACGGGCCAUGGGAGCUCACCGGGUCUUGAGCCUGGAGAGUUUGCACGGGACGGCGAGGUUCCCUGCGAUGCUUGCAUUGGGAGGAAGUUGAAAGCGCACAAGUCCUGCGUCAACUGUCCUGGGUCAUUCUGUGAAACCCACCUGAGACAUCACAAAAAGGUAAAAUCCCUGACAUCACAUCGCCUGAUUGAGCCCACCUUCCACCUGGAGGACAAGAUCUGCAGGAAACACGAGCGACUGUUGGAGGUCUACUGCCGCACGGACCACAUCUGCAUCUGCGCUGCCUGCGUGGACUCCGCACAUAAGUCGCAUGACAUCGUCUCCACGGACCACGAGUGGAAGAAGAAGAUGAGCAUCUUGGGAAAGAAAAGGUCUGGACUGCGGCUAUUGAUCAAGGAGAGAGCCAAGAAGCUGGAGGAAGUCAAACAAUCCAUAAAGGUCAUCAAGACCAGCGGCCAGAAGGAGCUGGAGGAGAGCUGGCAGGUGUUCGCCGAGCUGCAGCGACUGGUGGAGCAGAGCCAGGCCGACCUGGUGGAACUCAUUACAACCAAACAGCGUGAGGCUGAGCGUCACGCGCAGGAGAUAGCGCGAGACCUGGAGAACGAGCUUAGUCAGCUAAGGAGGCGCAGCCAGGACCUGGACACCCACGUCCAGAUUAAAGACAAGGUGGUGUUCUUGCAGCAUUUGGCAUCCUUGCCCCCCCUGCCCGAGCCCACCGACUGGUCGGCGGUGACCGUCAACACGGACUUCUACCUGGGGACCCUUCGUGCGUCUGUCAGCGGCCUCGUUGACAAGUUUCAGGAGGAGUUAAAGAGGCUAUAUGGCAAAGAACUCCGCAAGUUGCAGAAUUAUUCAAGUGAAGUCCUCUUGGACCCCGCCACCGCCCAGAAGAACCUGGCCGUGUCCGAUGACGGCCACCAGGUGAGAUACGAGGAGCGCAAGACCUCCCACACAGACGGCCCUAAACGUUUCAAUCCGGCUCUCUUUGUCUUGGGCCGGGAGGGUCUCAGCUCUGGUCGACACUACUGGGAGGUGGACGUGGCCCGCAAGACGGCCUGGACUCUCGGCUUAGCUAAUGGCACGGCCCGCCGUAAAGGCGAGAUCAAGCUGAGUCCAGAGGGGGGUUACUGGUGCUUGUGGCUCAAGAACGGCGAGGUGAAGGCACUGGCCUCGUCGCGCUUGCCUCUCAUGCUGACAUCUCAGCCCAGCAAAGUGGGAAUCUUUCUGGAUUAUGAGGGAGGUCAGGUGUCCUUCUAUGACACCAACGCCCGCGUGCACCUCUACACCUUCUUUCACAACUUUAAUGAACGUGUAUACCCCAUCUUCAGCCCCUGCCUCAGCCACGAUGGCAAGAACAAUUCCCCCAUCGUCAUCAUGAACAUUAAACAUCGGUCUCAUGUGUCAGUGCACGGCCGAGCCUCAAGGCAGCUGCUCUCUGAAUUUGCUGUGGCAUUCACCACGCCAACCAAUGGAGGAAAUGCUGGAAUGUCCUACACCGGGAACCUCUCAGAAGAGCAGGUCCACUGCUCCAUCUGCCUGGACGUUUUCACCAACCCUGUGUCCAUCCCAUGUGGACACAACUUUUGCCAGAGCUGCAUCCUGGGAUACUGGAAAAGCAGCCCACUAUACCAGUGUCCAAUGUGCAAAAAGUCUUUCUACAAGAAGCCCGACAUCAGCAUCAACACCGUUCUUAGAGAGAUCGCCGAGCAAUUCAAGGAGCUCCGGGUAAACAGUGAGGAGGGCAAGGCCGAGAAGAGGAGAAUGAUGAAAAGGUACGGAGAAGAAGAUCAGGAAAGGCUUUUGAAAGCCGAGCGAGAAGAGGACACAAAUCCGGACACUAGCAGACGGAUGGCAAAGGAGACCCCAGAUGGUUUUAAACCAUCUCAACAGGAGCACGCUCAGGCUUCUUCUUCCACCUGGAAGGAGGUCCUCUGUGACGUUUGCCUGGGAGAGGGCCGCCCCAAAGCCGUAAAAUCUUGCCUGGUGUGUCUGACGUCAUACUGCGACGAGCACCUCAAGUCGCACGCCAGCAGGUUCACCAAGCACAAGCUGAUAGAGCCCGUGGCCAAUAUGGAGGACCGGAUGUGCUCCAAACACGAGCGGCUCCUGGAGCUCUUCUGCAAGAAGGAUCAGAUGUGCGUGUGUGUCCUCUGCACAGAGACCGACCACCGAGCGCACUACACCGUCCCCGUGGAGCGGGAAUGGACAGAGAAAAAAGCCCAACUGAAGAGGAGCCAAGUGGACGUGCAGCAGAUGAUCCAGGAUAGAGAGAAGAAGGUGGAGGAGAUCAAAAACUCUGUGGAGCUCAACAAAGCGAGUACUCAGACAGAGAUUGAGGACAGCAUGCGGGUUUUCGCUGAGUUGGUCCGCUCCAUUCAGAGAGCUCAGGGCGACGCAGUUCUGGCCAUUGAAGAGAGGCAGAGGCGCACUGAGAGCCGAGCCAGAAACCUGGUCAUAAAACUAGAGCGGGAGAUCGAUGAGCUGAGGCGGCGGGAUACCGAUCUAGAGAACAUGGAAAGAACGGACCACAUUCACUUUUUGAAGAACUUUCCAGCUCUGAGCAUGGCGCCUUCCGUCCAGGACUGGUCUGACACCAGCGUUCCCACAGACAUUUGUGUCGGCCUGAUCAGGACAGCUGUGUGCAAAUUGGAGGUCACUUUAAAGGACAUAGUGGACAGACUGGCAGAUAGAGAGAUCCAUAAGAUUCUGAAGUACUCAGCGGACAUCACUCUGGACCCGAACACUGCUAACCCAUGGCUGCAGCUCUCGCAGGACCGGCGUCAGGUGCGUCACCUGGGAGCGUGGCAGGAUCUCUCCGACCACCCCGAACGCUUUGACACGGUGGUCAUUGUCCUGGCCAGAGAGGGCUUCACCUCGGGCAGACACUACUGGGAGGUCCAGGUGGGUGACAAGGACGACUGGUACCUGGGCGUGGCCAAGUCAUCCGUCAACCGGAAGGGCCGGAUCUCUGUAAGCACUACCCAUGGCUACUGGGCUCUGGCCAUGAAGAAGGGCCAUGGGUACCGCAUGUCCACCACCCCUCCGUUACAGCUCGCACUCAACGCCAAACUCCGGAGGGUGGGCGUUUACGUGGACUACGACGAGGGUCAAAUAUCCUUCUAUGACGUUAAGGCUCGGACACAUAUCUACACUCUAAACGACACGUUGAACGAGAAGAUUCUGCCUUUUUUCUAUUUGUACUGCUGCGACAAAGCUUCUGACACCGUCGUCAUUUGUCCCCUUGCUGACAAAAACCUGAUCAAACAGAGCUAAUUAAUGGUGAUGUAUUGAUGGAUGCUUUAAAGCAGUAGUGUCAAACGUACGGCCUGAGAGCCGGAUCAGGCCCGCGAACAGGUUUUAUACGGCCCAUGGGAUGAGUUUGCGAAGUAUAAAAAUUAACCUGACAUUUUUGAAUGAUAGAAACAGCUGUUCUAAAUGUGUCCACUAGAUGUCGCAAUAGCAAUUCUUUGUAUCUUUGUAGAUGAUGCUACAUAUGUACAAAACAAACAGCAUGAUGUUAGUACAUCAGUCGAGGAAAAUGAUCAAACUACAUAAAUAAAAUACUGUAAUUUGAUUUUUGAUACCAUUUUUUUAUCUUGAUAGAUUGACAAUUAACACCAAUGAGUUGACUGAUGAACAUUAUCACAUAAUUUAUUCAGAUAAUAUAGAUACAAUUUACAUAGAUAAUAUUUGUACAAUUUCAGAAUGUGUUUGUUCCAUUUUCAAACAAAGAAAACAAUCUGAAGUUGUCUUUAUUUUUAAGUUAUCAUGCCGUGAUUUUAUCAGUCCGGCCCACUUGGAGUGAUUUUUCUCCAUGUAGCCCCCAAUCUAAAACGAGUUUGACACCCCUGCUUUAAAGGGACAGUGAUAAACAGGAAGUUAGUUUACCAUCAAUGGGUGUUACCCAACACCAAAUGCCUUACAGUCGUGCCUUGUUUAUUGUAGUUAAUUAGCCGUGAUGAACAGAUUUCCGCAAAGUAGGAUACUUAAUCGAAUAUUUUCAUAGUUAGCGCAUUAAAAAAUGUUUCCAACCUACUAAAUGCAUUAUUAGAGCCCUCUAAAAACAUAUAGGCACCUUUAUUCUUGUUUCUCUUAUGAUCCGUUGCCCGGAUCAUGUUUUGUUCUGUUAGUUUUGACUACCUCAGUUCUGUUUUCAGCACCCCUUGGGUUUGUGUUGUGUUUCAGUUGCCAUGACUGCAGAAUAGUUUCACCUGCCUCUGAUUAGUGUUCGGAACACUCACCUGCUCCUCAGCAUUAAUCAGAGCAUUCUUUAUUCCCGUUUAUCUCCACUUUCAGGCUGGUUUCCUUGUUUGCAUUACGCAACAGUUAAUGACGGCAGCAUUUUUGAUUCUUGAUUCCUGUUUGUAUGCUAGCUUCCACGCUAGCCCCACCCUUAGCUUUGCCUCCCGUGCUAUCGGCACGAUUUAGUUUUUCUGCAUUUCCUGCAUGAUUUAUGCAAAUAAUAUAUAUCAUACGAAAGACUACAAAAAUGGGACCCAUUACCUCCCUGCUUGGCACUCAGCAUCAAGGUUUGGAAUUGGGGGUUAAAUCACCAAACUCACCACCACCCCCCAACCCCCCACCACCCAGGGGACCAAAAGCAAUGGAUGUCGAGCGGGUCUAACAUGAUACUGUGAAAGUUCAAUCCAUAGUGGAUCCAACACAACCGUGAGAGUCCAGUCCAAAGUGGAUCCAACACAGUAGCGAGAGUUCCGUCCAAAGUGGAGCCAGCAGAAAACCAUCCCAAGCGGAGGCGGAUCAGCACCGCAGAGACGUCCCCAGUCGAUACACAGUACUUCAUCCAUGGCCAUCGGACCAGACCCCCUCCACAAGGGAGAGUGGGACAGAGGAGAAAAAGAAAAGAAACGGCAGAUCAAUUGGUCUAAAAAGGGGGUGUAUUUAAAGGCUAGAGUAUCCAAAUGAGUUUUAAGGUGAGACUUAAAUGCUUCUACUGAGGUAGCAUCUCGAACUGUUACCAGGAGGGCAUUCCAGAGUACUGGAGCCCGAACGGAAAACGCUCUAUAGCCCGCAGACUUUUUUUGGGCUCUGGGAAUCACUAGUAAGCCGGAGUCUUUUGAACGCAGAUUUCUUGCCGGGACAUAUGGUACAAUACAAUCGGCAAGAUAGGCUGGAGCUAGACCGUGUAGUAUUUUAUACGUAAGUAGUAAAACCUUAAAGUCACAUAUUAAGUGCACAGGAAGCCAGUGCAGGUGAGCCAGUACAGGGGUAAUGUGAUCAAACUUUCUUGUUCUUGUCAAAAGUCUAGCAGCCGCAUUUUGUACCAACUGCAAUCGUUUAAUGCUAGACAUGGGGAGACCCGAAAAUAAUCGAGACGAGACGUAACAAACCCAUGGAUAAUGAUCUCAGCGUCGUUAGUGGACAAAAUGGAGCAAGUUUUAGCGAUAUUAUGGAGAUGAAAGAAGGCCGUUUUAGUAAUGCUUUUAAUGUGUGACUCAAAGGAGAGAGUUGGGUCGAAGAUAAUACCCAGAUUCUUUACCGAUUCGCCUUGUUUAAUUGUUUGGUUGUCAAAUGUUAAAGUUGUAUUAUUAAAUAGAGGUCGGUGUCUAGCAGGACCCAUAAUCAGCAUUUCCGUUUUUUUGGCGUUGAGUUGCAAAAAGUUAGCGGACAUACAUUAUUUAAUUUCAUUAAGACACGCCUCCAGCUGACUACAAUCACUGGUACUUACUGUCUUCGGAGUUUCCGUCUGCAUCCCGGGAGAAAGACCCGCGCACAACCAUGCGACCACGUUAUUAGAGUUUUACCCAAUAUAGUAACCUUUACAGUAGCUUACAGGACUGUACAUACCAGUAGGCCAAAAGACCCUCCAAGAAUCAUCGCUAUGGCCGUCACCUGGCCACUACAACACGACCAUGACAUGGGGAAUUCCUCUAAGUUAGAAUUGGGCUUUGAGCGUUGAAACCACGGGCGUAAAUAGUUCUGCAAAAACUUGAGCGUCAUACUGUAGCUGCACCUCUAGCUGUGUUGGCAUUGCCUUUCUGCGCUGUCAUUCCACACUGAUCUUGCCAAGGCUGUUUUUAUUGUCCGGACAGUCGCUGAUAGCUAAUAGUUUCUUGCAGUCUCAGGUAGCCUGAAGUGCCGCGCCAAAUGUCCGAUGCUACUUCCAGCUGAUGAAAAUGGAGUUCAUCAAAACGUUGUUCUGCCAAAAGUUAAUUUAAGAUUGUCACAGCGAAGAUUGAGUAGCGCCUGUUGUGUAACCCUUAACCCGGGAAUGGAAGUCGGCUUGGUGAAUACUUUCAAAAUACUUUCACUGCUCAGUGGCCUUGUGGUUACAAUGUCCACCCUGAGAUUAGUAGGUCGUGAGUUCAAACCCCGGCCGAGUCAUACAAAAGACUAUAAAAAUGGGACCUAUUACCUCCACUCAGCAUCAAAGGUUGGAAUUGGGGGUUAAAUCACCAAAAAGACUCCCGAGCACAGCCACCGCUGCUCCCCUCACCUCCCAAGUGGUGGAAAAAAGGGAUGGGUCAAAUGCAGAGAGUAAUUUCACCACACUAAGUGUGUGUGUGUGUGUGUGUGUGUGUGUGUGUGUGUGUGUGUGUGUGUGUGUGUGUGUGUGUGUGUGUGUGUGUGUGUGUGUGUGUGUGUGUGUGUGUGUGACUAUCAGUGGUACUUUGACUCUAACUUUAAAACUUUAAUUAAUACAAUAAGAUAAAUACAUAUGUAUAAAAAUGUAUAAUUCGUACAUAAAACUUAAUUCAACACGUAAUUUAGGCUAAAAACAUUUAAGAAUAUGCUUUAAAAAAGUUUUUUAACGUGGGGAAGCUGCACUAUUGGAAGCCUGAUGUAGCAAGGGACGACUGUACAGUCUUCAUGCUCGCUAGAUUUUAAAUGUUCCUCAUGUGUGUGAUCUGCUUAAUUGUCUUAAAAAGUUUCUACACAGCGCUGCUAAUGCCAGACUUUCUUGUCCCUUUUCCCUUGAGCCUUUUCACAUGAAAAGACCUACACUGCAGUAUUGUUUUUCAUUGAUUGGUGUGAUUUAAAAUCAGUGUUGCAGCUUUGAUAAGAGACACAAAUGUCCAAAAAUAUAAAAAUGUUACAAGGAUGCAAAAAAUGUGUUGCUUUUUUAUUUCAAAUUUGUUUGUGUGCCUGUGCUUCUAAACACAGACUCGCACACACACUGGCCACAACUACAAUAUCAUAUUUUAAAAGGAUUAAAAAAUGUGUUGUUUUUUUCCUUAUAAAUCUGUUUUUGUUUACUUGUGCUUCACAUAUACACGUCACACAUCUAUAACACAGAAACAGCGACUUCAUUGUUUUAACAACAGGAUCAUCUGAAGACUCUCCAGUUUUAUUAGUAUUACCUUUAGGACAAUUACAAGUUUUUUCUUUUCUCUGGUAGAAAACGGUCAAAGCCUGCAGGUGGAACUGUGGUCAUGUGACACAAGGUACAAAAACGUCAGUUUAGCUUAUCAGGCAAACAGGAGUGUGUUUUAAAUUCAGUGAUGAGACAACUUAGUUUGGGCCUCCUCAGCAGCUUUUCCACACGGGGACGCUGCAUUUGUAUCCUGCACAGGAAGUGAUA